GGAUCAGGGAUGGGGACGCCUUCGCUGCCGAGCUCGGCGCCGCCUUCGACGUCCUCAGCCUGCAGUGGGCCCAGAGCAGGGAUGGCAAGGUGCGCGUGGCCGUGCUGGAGGCCCUGGGCCCCCUGAGCCCCCUGAUCCCCCCGGAGAAGCUGCAGGAGCAGCUCCCAAAGCUGCUCCCCAACAUCCUGGGGCUCUACAGGAAACACCCCGAGCCCUUCCCCAUCUCCAAGAGCCUGUGCCAGAUCCUGGACUCGUCGGUGGCUCUGGGCGGCCGCGCUCUGGAGCCGCAGCUGGAGCCGCUCCUGGGGACGCUGCUCAACCAGAUCUGCGCUCCUGCUGAUCCCAGCAUCCCCACCAGCAGCAAGAACCACACGGAGCUGCUGCGCUGCUUCUCUGUCCUGG